AAGUCGUAAGCACGUGGCACAACUUCCAACCAAAAGUGAAGUCGGACGUACAUGACACGACUUCAUGAUCUUGGCACGACUUUCCAUUAAAAGUCGUUAUGGUGCGGCACAACUUCAAUACUGCAUAAUCACGCGUUUUCUCUGCUGGGUUGCUUUCUUCCAUCUCCAGACACUGGUACAGUUCGUCGCAGUGUUAAUUGACACCAUUGAAGAAAGGUUUGGCAGAGAUUCCCUGACAUUGGCAGACGCGUGAAAGUAUACAGUGAGUGGGAAGGAUGAAAUUUAUUGUUUGACAGUGUUUUGGAAGAAAAUCGCAUUCAACGUUUCCUCUCCUUUACUCUUUAAGUAGUCAUGUAUCUCAGAUCUGCAACUCCAAUUCCCUUCACGUAGUUCUCUUGCACUCGCUUAAUUUUUGGCCUGCAAUAGAUCACAACCGCACACGAUACUCGGAAAACUGGUGCUUUCUCUGGGCCAAAUCACAGCAUAGAUCUUCGUCACUCGCAACUAAGGCCACAAGCUAAAUUUUGUAGAGAAUGGCUUCCAACCGGUGUCUUCCUCGUAAUAUGUCUGUAUUGCGUCUGCAACACAAACACGUCACUCAGACUAUUUGGGAAGGCAAAGAAAGACUCCUUCGUCCAAGACGACAUGCCAUUUGGGUAACGAAGCAUGUCGAUUUUCUUGAUCCAAGAGUACGAAAUUUGAUAGAUAUUGCUGGAUUUGGACAUGUACUGACCUUGACAAAUAUCGACAUCAACCACCAUUUGAUCACAGCGUUAGUGGAGAGGUGGAGAACAGAAACACAUACCUUUCAUCUUCCACAUGGAGAAUCAACAGUCACAUUGGAAGAUGUUGCCCUGCAAUUUGGUCUUCCGAUUGAUGGAGAACCUGUGACUGGAGUAAGCAGUGGUAACUUGGUGCCAUUGUGUGAAACGUUGUUGGGGUCGAUACCUCCCCCAGAUGUGGUCAGAGGAAACACAAUAAAACUAUCUUGGUUAAACAAUAACUUUCAGCAGUUACCUGCUUAUGCUACUGAUGAUGUUGUCGCUCAAUAUGCACGAGCACAUAUUUUUACAUUGAUUGGGAGUUUACUUAUGCCAGAUACAUCAGCAAGUCGUGUUCAUCUCAUGUAUUUAUUAUUGUUGGCUGACUUGAACAAAGUCUCGAAUUAUAGUUGGGGUUCGGCUGUUUUAGCAUGUCUUUAUCGAGCUUUAGAUCGCGGAAUUGACUUCAAUCAAGACAAUAUUGGAGGCUGCAUGUUACUUUUGCAGUGUUGGGCUUGGGAACGCAUCAAAUGCCUUUCCCCAUCUAUUGAGCCAUUAACUUUUGAUGAUAUUGGCGCCGGACUUGGUUUUCCACUCGCAAAAAGGUGGUGUCGUGCAUCAACGCAAAAGCAACACACAUCCUCAAAUACAGUCACUUCAAUAAGGAGAACGUUGGACGAAUUACAGCCGAAACAGUUUUUGUGGACUCCUUACCGCAAGGACGAUGUCUCUCCCUUGAUUAAUGUUGUGACUAAUGUUGAAGUUUCUCCUGUUAGUCGGGCUGUAGUUCCUUUGAUCUGUUUUGCCACAGUAGAAUUCCAUCAAGUUGAUCGGGUAAUGCGACAAUUUGGGUUUCGACAAAAUAUUCCAAUCGAUCCAUUAAACUUAGAUCAACUGCACAAAGAAGAUAUGAGAGGCAGAACAGAUAGAUGUUGGCCACAAUAUCAUCAAAAGUGGAUAGCAAUGUGGAAUGAUCGACAUAAUCGUCUCAUUCAAGGUAUCCCGUUCGGUGGUAAUGGUCACUUGCGUGAUAACACAACUUACAUGGAGUGGUACAUUAACCGUACUAUCCGCUACAUAUCACCUCCGCAACAAUCCUCCGAUGAUGAUGAUGUAAGUUUACUUCUUAAUAAAUCUCAUAAUUUAUUUUUAUUUAUCUUACAUUUUGCAUCUUUUUCUAACAGUACGACACUGGAGAGUAAUCAAUCUCAACAACAACCUUAUGAUCAGUCAAUUUGUUCUAUAGAUCAUCAUUACCAUGUCGUUUUGUACACUUACAACAUUAUGUACACACACUACUUGAGUCUAAUGUCUCUUUGUUUAUAUCAGUGAUACAAGUAGACUUUUAUAGAUUUGGCUUGUUGUAUGUGAAGUCCAAAAACUUAAGAUGAGUUGA